AUGGCAGAGGCUCUUCGAGAUUUGUUGGCCCCUGACCAGGCUAACGAUCCAUCAGCUUUGGAAUAUUUGACCUAUCUUGCAGAACAACAAUCUAGCUUCUUGCAAACAUCCGAACCUCAAGUUCUGUCACAGACGUCCCAUUCCCUCCUGCUUGCCGUACAAGCACUUUCGAAGAGGUCGCAUAAACCUGUCGUCGAUUCAGCUGCCAGCCAUGCUUCGUUACGAAACUCCCUCCCGACUCUGGCCCAACGAGCGUCCGAUCUCGCCCAAGCAGUACCCCGUCUGGAUGCACAGGCAGAACACUUCUCGUCGUCCUUUGGUAAGGCCAGCGAGAGCAAACUACUUGCGCGAAGGAAGGAGGCUCUACUGCUCCUCCGAAACUCGGAACGUCUCGUUGAUGUUAUGGAAAUGCCUUUACUGCUCUCGUCUGCCGUUUCGACCGCUCCAGUCAAUCAUUCCUCCACGCUUGAGCUCUACGCACAUGUCCGACGCUUGGCAUCGCUCUAUCCAGACUCGCCGCUGGUCACAUCAGUACUGGGAGAGGCAGAUGCCGCCAUUCGUCAGAUGGCAGCGGAUCUUGUUGGGACUCUCAAAGCACCGAACCUCAAGCUCGCGGCAGCCGUUCGAACAAUAGGCUGGCUGAAACGUAUCGUACCAGAUCUCGUAACUGACGCAUCAACUGAGGAUGCACUUCCCGCUGUGUUCCUUGUUUGUCGCUUGUCUACACUGUUGACGACGUUGGAAGCUUUGGAGCCACUUAGAGAUUUGGCAGAUGAGGAGCGCCUUCGAAAAGACAAGGCUGCGUCCACAUGGUCAGGUGGACAACAGACGGAGCGCUAUCUCAAACGAUUUAUUGAGAUCUUUCGCGAGCAGAGUUUCAGCAUCGUCUCCGUGUUCAAAAGCAUCAAUUCAAGUUUCGCAUCUCCCACGAAACAUGACGAGGAUCCCUUCGGAGCUUUACCCUCUCCAAUGGCCAACUUCCCUCUACAUAUGGUUGAAAUGCUGGUUGAAACGUUGCGUAUCUACCUUCCUACUGUCAAAGAUCAAACAUCAAGGGAAAGUAUUCUGACACAGGUUCUUUACUGCGCUGGAAGUCUGGGGAGACUGGGAGCCGACUUCGGCAUGCUCCUUGCUUCAAUUGGAGUUGACGAGUGGGUUGAUCUGGUGAAACGCCAUCGCCUCUUGGCUGGACGUCUCGAAUCAGUAAUAGGUGACUAUCGGGGUAGCCAGGCCAGUGGCGUUGGCGCGAACUAG